AGGGAGCGCGCCCCGCGGAGCCGAGGGAGGGGUCACGAACUCUGACCCCCAAAUACACAAACCCAGAAAGCUCCCUACCCCCACAUUUCUUUACCCUCCCCCCUUCAGCGUUCUCCAACCUGUCUCCUCCCGGAGCGCCCCAGCAGCCGCUGCAGCGGGACUGUCCGGUCCACGCCCGGCGCAGGACGUGGCGCGGGGAGAAGUGCCGGACAUUUUGACAAUUAGAUCAUGGCAACCAUAGAAGAAAUUGCACAUCAAAUUAUUGAACAGCAGAUGGGAGAGAUGGUUACAGAGCAGCAAACUGGCCAGAAAAUCCAGAUCGUGACAGCACUUGAUCAUAAUACACAAGGCAAGCAGUUUAUCCUGACAAAUCAUGAUGGCUCUACUCCAAGCAAAGUCAUUCUGGCCAGGCAAGAUUCCACUCCAGGGAAAGUUUUCCUCACAACUCCAGAUGCCGCAGGUGUCAACCAGUUAUUUUUUACAACUCCUGAUCUAUCUGCGCAACACCUCCAGCUCUUAACGGAUAAUUCUUCCCCAGACCAAGGACCAAAUAAGGUUUUUGAUCUUUGCGUAGUAUGUGGAGACAAAGCAUCAGGGCGUCAUUAUGGAGCAGUAACUUGUGAAGGCUGCAAAGGAUUUUUUAAAAGAAGCAUCCGAAAAAAUUUAGUUUAUUCAUGUCGAGGAUCAAAGGACUGUAUUAUCAAUAAACACCAUCGAAACCGCUGUCAAUACUGCAGGUUACAGAGAUGUAUUGCAUUUGGAAUGAAACAAGACUCUGUUCAGUGUGAAAGAAAACCUAUUGAAGUAUCACGAGAAAAAUCUUCCAACUGUGCCGCUUCAACAGAAAAAAUCUACAUCCGAAAAGACCUUCGAAGCCCAUUAGCUGCAACUCCAACUUUUGUAACAGAUAGUGAAACUGCAAGGUCAGCAGGACUGUUAGAUUCAGGAAUGUUUGUGAAUAUUCAUCAGUCUGGAAUAAAAACUGAGUCAACUGUGCUGAUGACACCAGAUAAGGCUGAAUCAUGUCAGGGAGAUUUAAGUACCUUGGCCAGUGUGGUUACAUCAUUAGCAAAUCUUGGAAAAACUAAAGAUCUUUCUCAAAAUAGUAAUGAAAUGUCUAUGAUCGAAAGCUUAAACAAUGGUGAUACAUCCUCUUUGUGUGAGUUUCAUCAAGAAAUGCAGACCAAUGGUGAUGUUUCAAGGGCAUUUGACACUCUUGCAAAAGCAUUGAAUCCUGGAGAGAGCACAGCCUGUCAGAGCUCAGUAGAGGGCAUGGAAGGAAGCGUACACCUUAUUGCUGGAGACUCAAGCAUAAAUUACAUCGAAAAAGAGGGGCCACUUCUCAGCGAUUCACAUGUAGCUUUCAGGCUCACCAUGCCUUCUCCUAUGCCUGAGUACCUGAAUGUGCACUACAUUGGAGAGUCUGCCUCCAGACUGCUGUUCUUAUCGAUGCACUGGGCACUUUCGAUUCCUUCCUUUCAGGCUCUAGGGCAAGAAAACAGCAUAUCAUUAGUAAAAGCUUAUUGGAAUGAACUUUUCACUCUUGGUCUUGCCCAGUGCUGGCAAGUGAUGAAUGUGGCAACUAUAUUAGCAACAUUUGUCAACUGUCUUCACAGUAGCCUUCAACAAGAUAAAAUGUCAACAGAAAGAAGAAAAUUAUUGAUGGAGCACAUCUUCAAACUACAGGAGUUUUGUAAUAGCAUGGUUAAACUCUGCAUUGAUGGAUAUGAAUAUGCCUACCUGAAGGCAAUAGUACUCUUCAGUCCAGAUCAUCCAGGCCUAGAAAACAUGGAACAGAUUGAGAAAUUUCAGGAAAAGGCAUAUGUGGAAUUCCAAGAUUAUAUAACCAAAACAUAUCCAGAUGACACCUACAGGUUGUCCAGACUACUACUCAGAUUGCCAGCUUUAAGACUGAUGAAUGCUACCAUCACUGAAGAAUUGUUUUUCAAAGGUCUCAUUGGCAAUGUACGAAUUGACAGUGUCAUCCCACAUAUUUUAAAAAUGGAACCUGCAGAUUAUAACUCGCAAAUAAUUGGUCACAGCAUUUGAAAGCUGAGAUCUCAGUGUAAACUUAUUGUUCUUUCUCAGAACACAAGAAGACACCAAAUUGAACUCAUUGCCUCCAGGGCACCUGGAAAUUUUCCUUUAAAGAAUAACCAAAAACAAAGGUAUUUUUAUUUUAACUUCCAUAAGAAGAAUUUUUGAAGUGACUGGGCAGGUAGAAGGAAUUAGAAUUUCCUUUCCUGUCAUAUUUAAGUGAAUCAGAAAUACUAUGAAUUUAUUCUUGGUUAAGAUGACACCUAAAGCUGUCACCUCUUGACUAUCUAAACUAAGAUCUCUCGUUUUAUUUUAUAUAACAAAUAAAUUAGUCUUUUUUUUUUUCCCCAGAAUUGUGUUCUUUUCAUGUUUUUUAUUAUGAACUAGCACUAACACUUAAUUGUCAGAAAUCUCUAAGAAGGAUUUCCUUGCAUUUUAGUCUUCCAUAAUAUAAUCUAUUUGUUUUAACUAUCUUGUCAAGAGAGGAUUAUUUUAUGCUCCAUGGUAUAAUGAUAACAUUAGAACUAAGGAAAUAAUAAUUGCAUAUAUAUAUUUUUUGUCUUUUGUAAAUAUCAUGGCACCCUUAGCAUAUACCACUCUCAUUGCUGGCAGUGAGACACAGGCCGUUCGUGAUCUUAAGAGUUGACUUCUUUAGUGUUGUAUGUUAGUUACAAGCACUUUGUAUUUAUGUAUGUAGCAGAAGAUUGUUUUUGCGUAUGAGAUAGAGUUCGUGUUUUAAUAUUUUUGGUUUACUGCUGUGUUUUAAAAAUAGUAGAGAUGAACCCAAAAUGUCUCACUAUUUCAAAGUAGCAUUAAAAUUGUCGCUCUUCCACUCCACAAAAAGCAUCUGACCUCUCUCCCUCUUGUUUGACCUGCAUCGUAGCUUCCCGAACCUUCCAUGGGUUUUAGCCAGUUUCUUUUAGGUCAUUAGAAACCCAAUUUGUUAAAUAAUGGAUUUAUCAUAUCCAAUCUGUGUUUUCAAGGUGAGUUAAAUAAUUAUUUUAAAGCAAAUUGAUACUUUUUAAAAAUUUGUUUUUUCAUGUGUAAAGGAAUAUGCACUGAGUUUUCACUGUAAAGGGGUGAGAGCUGUUUUAACAAUAGUAUGAACAUCAACCUGAAGUCUUGGUAUUGCCACAACAAAAGCAUUUUAGACUCCUUGGAUGUCUUCCACACUAAUAUUUUCCUGAGCAAACCUGAUACUGUUAAAUAUUUCUUUGUUCUGAUUUCAUGAUGAAUUAUUUUGGUAUGUAUUUGUUGAUUUAAAAGAAAAUGGAGAUUGUAUUGCACUCAAAGUACAUUUUUUAUAAAGAUUUUUGCAGUAGAAACUGAAUUUUUUGGGAAGGGUGUGGAUUUUACUAAUUGCUACUUUAUAGUAAAUCAAAAGUUUAAAAGUAUCACUUACAGUCUUUACCAACUUAUUAAGGGAAACUUUUCUCCCUAUAUAAAACAUAAUUUUUGUCAGCAGGUUUAUAUAUAAUUAUCAGCUGGGAAAAACUACCUUUAGUACAAAAUACUCAAAUGGAAAAAUCAGUAGGUUUAUACCUUUAUAAACCCAAUGAAGUAAGCCAAGGAUUCAGGAAAAUAAUUCUUUAAAAUAAUGUACUGAUGGUUAAUUAAGAUACAUGUUUCUUUCAGGUAUUUUUCCUAAUUAAAUUUGUAGUUAUAUUUGGAAGUGUUUUUUAAACUAUAUUAAAAUGUGACCUGCAUUACAAA